AUGAGAAGUCUUUUAUUACUUUGUUUAUUCGUUUUUAUGAUCAAUGCCCAAUUCACUACUCAAGAAAACGUUCAAGAACCAGCUCAACCAGUAGUUCAAUCUAGACAUACUCACAUUGCUUCUGCAAAAAAACUUAACAGAGUUGAUAAUUCAAUUUUAAGAAAAGAAGCAAGAACCCUUCACAAAGUUCAUAAGUACCAUUUAAAAAUUAAUGCCAAGCUUGAUAAGACUAUUGCUGUCAUUAACAAAGCAAGAAACGUUAUAAGGACAAAGGGUGAAGGAUUAGCAAAUAGAUUAGCUAAGUAUGGAACAAGAAAACUUGGACAUUUAAUGGAAUAUUACAAUAUGGCUGAUGAUGAUCUUAAACAACAAAUUAAACCAAUUGUUGAUGGAAUGGUUAGUGCUAUUAGACAAAAAGAACAAACGGUUCGUGCUGGUAUUCAAAAGUUAGUUACUACAUUCUAUGCUGUUCUUGAUAGAACUCUUAAACAAUUGGCUUAUGCUAAACAAGUUGGUGAUGCUAAUAACAAUGCAGCUAAAACAGGUAUUCAUGCUAUUGGAGACAAUAUUUCUAAAGGACUUAAAACAAAACAAAGUUCAUUUGAAAUUAACACCCAUAAUUUAAGAAAAGUUAAACGUAUUUCAAAAGGAGCUGAAAAACAAAUUGCUCAUGAAUAUCAUAAAGCUGAAAAAAAAGAAAUUGCUAUUCUUAAAACUGCUAGAGCACUUCUUAAACAAAUGAGAAGAAAAGGAAAACAUGUUUUCUCUAAAUUAAGACAUCAAGCAAAAGCAGAGUACAGAGCUCUUUAUAGAAAAUGUACUAAGAAAAUUAUUAAAAUUUUAUUAAACCAAAAUGGUGGUGUUGAAGAUUAUGAGUACUAA